AUGGAGAAAAAUUCUUGGGCCGAUCAGUGGGACAGCAGUCAACCGUCGGGAAACAAGACCGACGGCGGUAAAAACGGCGGUACAUCAUCGUCGGCGAAGUAUAAGGAGAAGGUGGGAGCUGGAUUGGGGAAGACGAAAGCGGCGGCGAGUUCGGGGUUGAAAAAGAAAAUCGGCAAAGAUAUCGACAACGAAAAAAGAAAGUCCAACGAUCGAUUGAUUGAUUUAGUAGCUUCACCUCCUCUAGUAGCAGAGAGAGAGAGUAUGGCGAUUACGGUGCCGAGACGGCAACUCUUCAUCGGCGGUCAAUGGACAGAGCCCGUCCGCCGUAAAACUCUCCCUGUUGUCAAUCCCGCUACCGAAGACAUCAUCGGCUAUAUUCCAGCUGCAACUUCUGAAGAUGUGGAGCUGGCGGUGGAAGCUGCUAGGAAAGCUCUUACUAGGAACAAAGGAAAAGAUUGGGCUAAAGCAUCUGGAGCUGUUCGUGCCAAAUACUUACGUGCUAUUGCAGCUAAGGUAACAGAGAGAAAGUCUGAACUAGCUAAUCUUGAGGCUAUUGAUUGUGGUAAACCUCUAGAGGAAGCAGCAUGGGACAUGGAUGAUGUUGCUGGAUGGCUACGUUCUCGAACCAUGCUCAAGAGCGUCGACAACGACAAUGUCAAUGUGCAUUGCACGAGCUGGAGAUUCGCGGCGGAGACGAACAACCUCGCGCCGUGGAAAACGAUUCCGACGGAAUGCGCCGAUUACGUGAAAAACUACCUGACGGGUAAAGGCUACGUCGUCGAUCUGGAGAGAGUCUCGGAAGAGUCUAUGGUUUACGCGAGCAGCUUCGGAUUUGCCGGUGACGGGAAAGAUAUUUGGAUUUUCGAUAUCGAUGAGACUCUCUUAUCGAAUCUUCCGUAUUAUCUAGAACACGGUUGUGGGUUGGAAGCUUUUGAUCAUUUCAAGUUUGAUAAGUGGGUGGAGAAAGGUGUUGCACCUGCCAUAGCACCAAGCUUGAAACUUUACCAAAAGGUUAAAGAUUUGGGGUACAAAAUUGUCCUGCUUACAGGGCGGAGAGAGAUCCACAGGGCUGUGACCGUCGAGAACCUCCUCAAUACCGGUUUCCGUAACUGGGACGAGCUUAUCCUGAGGUCGUCGGAUGAUGAGCGCAAGACGGCGACCGUGUACAAGUCGGAGAAGAGGGAAGAGAUGGUGAAAGAAGGGUAUAGGAUCAGAGGCAAUUCAGGUGAUCAAUGGAGUGAUUUGUUGGGUUUUGCAAUGUCGGAGAGGUCUUUCAAACUUCCGAAUCCAAUGUAUUAUAUCCCCUGA